AUGAAAAGUCUGCUAAAAUAUGUAGCCUGCACCACCUUUGAUGAAUCAUUAAACCAGAAAGAGUAGAGGCCAAAGACCAAGAAAAUAUUGAGACAAAACAAAACCCUCUAGAAUCAAUAGAAGAUUGCAAAUAACUUAGAUGACAAAAUCAAAACAGAGUAGAGUGUGGAAGAGAAUUCCAAUUAAGAAAAUUGUUAAAAUGAUGAAGAUGAACUAGAAUCAUAAAAGAAUUAAGAAUUAGAUGCAAAUAACAUUGUUUCUUAAGAUUAAGAAAGCUUAACCGAGCAAACCAAUACUCAAUUGCUACAAUAAGCCAAUUUUACAUUUAAUCAGUAGCCCUUAAUACAUUUAAGUUUGAGUUACAAAGAACAAAACUUCAUCGUUCCAAUUUAUAAUUAUUCAAGUGAAUUGACAAUCAAGUAAUCAUUAAUAUAAUUGAAUUUAUCUCAAUAAAACCUACAAAAGGUGUAUUAGAUUUGCAUUAAACAUCUAUAAUUUUAUUUGAAAACUCUGGAAUCCAAUUUGGUUGAAUAAAAAGAAUGA